AUGAUGCGUGCCUCUCCCUCUCACCCACCCUCACCCAUUCCCACCCAUUCCCACCCAUUCCCACCCAGUCACACCUCUCCCACCACACCUCCACCCAUUCUCGCCCACUCCCACCCAUUCGCACCCACCACCACCACACAGGGCCACAGUGGAGAGGAUCACAGGGGCCACGGUGGAGAGGAUAACGGGGUGCGAGGUGCGGUCUGCACUAGGCCUACCCUCGCCACGCAGGGACUUCUAUGCCGUCAACGUCUGAUGUGCGUCUCUCCCUCUCACCCAUUCCUAACCAUUCCCACCCAUUCCCACCCAUGCAGGGCGACCGUGGAGAGGAUCACAGGGUGCGAGGUGCGGUCGGUGCUAGGCCUACCCUCGCCACGCAGGGACCUUUAUGCCGUCAACGUGUGUGGCAACAUGGACAAGGGCAUUGUGAUUCCUCCUCUCACCGACUUCGCCCCUCUCAUCCCGCCACACAUCCUCAACAUCCUGCUGACCGGCAAGCCCAGCUCUGGGCCCCCUGUGUUCCUCGGCGCCGGCUACGUGUUCAGUGGUGCGUACUCGAGUCAAAUGGUCAUGUGUGCUGCUGUGCUGCCGCCUCUCACUGACUUCGCCCCUCUCAUCCCGCCACACAUCCUCAACAUCCUGCUUACCGGCAAGCCCAGCUCUGGGCCCCCUGUGUUCCUCGGCGCCGGCUACGUAUCCAGUGGUGUGCAGUAUCCUCCCGUGAUUCGUGCCUUCCCAUCCCCCGUUCUGAGACAUCGCAUAGACGCGAACGCCCCACCCCUGCCUGCCCCACCCCUGCCUGCCCCACCCCUGCCUGCCCCACCCCUGCCUGCCCCACCCCUGCCUGCCCCACCCCUGCCUGCCCCACCCCUGCCUGCCCCACCCCCGCCUGCCCCACCCCUCCCCUGCCCGCCCCAUCCCCCCUCCUCUGCUCGCAGUGUUUGCCAUUCCCAUCUUGCGCCGCCCAGUGCCACCCAACGCAUCGGCACAGCAGAUGAGGGAGAGCAUCAGCAACGCAUGGGGGGGUUUGGUGCAGCUGGAGUGGCGGGCGCGCAACAUACUCGACAUGCUGCAGGAUGGCGACGGCACCGCCACAUAUUCCUUUGUGCUCUACGACAGCACACAGCCAGGCGAGCUGGUGCAGAUCUGCAUUGCCCUUUGGGAUAUCUCAUAUUCACCCCGGUUCCCCCAUGUUCCCCUGUGUCUCCUCCACCCACAGGCACCGCCACAUACUCCUUUGCGCUCUACGACAGCACAGAGCCAGGCGAGCUCGUGCAGAUCUUGGGGCCACAGGAGCCGCGGCUGCAGAUGGACUCGCUCUUCCCGCUCGUGCUGCCGUCGCUUGACGUGCCUAGCAGCGACCACAUCGAGCCGUUCCCUGAUGGGCUGUUCGGGAGGACCUAUGAGGCGCAUCGCAGGUGGGUGAAGCGAUGCCUUUACCGUGUUCCACCACGUUCCACCGCAUUCCACCGUGAUGCACUGCUUGUGCACGCCCCCGGGAAUACCAGUACCUCGCAGCGACCACGUCGAGCCGUUCCCAGAGGGGCUGUUCGGGAGGACCUACGAGGCGCACUGCAGGUGGGUGCCGUGCCACUGUGUUCCACCACGUUCCACCACAUUUCACCGCGACGCACCACUGUGAGAGUGCCCCCGGGACUGGCAGUGCCUUUCACCCCUUUCCGUGCGUUCCCCCGUUUCCCCAUUCUCCUUUGUUCUCCCGCGCUCCCUCCAUUCACUCCCCCGUCGCUUCCCGUCACUUCCUUCCCCGUCCCUUCCCAUGGCUCUGCAACAUUCUCCCAGUCUCCCUUCCAUUUCCCGUGCGCCCUCAGUUUUCAAGGUGCAUAUCCCAGUUUUGAGGGCGCAUACCCCACAUGGGACCUGGUCUAUGCACCCAUGCUGCUGGGGCUGCUGGUGCUGCUGGUGGCGCUGUUGCUGUCUGCAGUGAUUGCAGUGAUGGCGUGGAAGCGAAGGCACAUGGCGGAGGGAGUGAGGGAGAUGGAGCUCUGCACAACAGCGCUGGAGAAAGCAGAGCACUGCAAGAGCGUCACUGUGGCUAACCUGUCGCACGAGCUGCGAACGCCAAUCAUCGGCAUGAUAGGGAUGAUAGAGAUGCUGCUGGAGUCGCCACUGGAGGAGUGGCAGGCAGCGGAUCUGAGGGACGCGGGGGAGUGUGCGCGGGAGACGGUGGACCUCAUCAACCGCGUGCUCGACCUCGCCAAGCUGCAGGCCGGCCGCUUACAACUUGAGGCUCUGCCACUCUGCUUGCCCCGCGUUGUUCAGCAAGCUGUCAUGCUCGCCGCACAAGACGCUGUCCCUAGGGGGCUGGAAGUGUCAUGCCACGUGGACCCAGGCGUGCCAGAUGUGCUGAUGGGCGAUCCAACCCGGCGAGCAACACUCUAUCAGGCGACGUCACCUUCCAUGUGUGGUGUGCCGCCGGCCCUCACCAGUAAGGCCCUCACGAAACCGCUUCUCGCCCAUCCACCCCUCGUCCCACCACCCCUCGUCCCACCACCCCUCGUCCCACCACCUCUCGUCCCACCACCCCUCAGCUGUCCACCCCCCAUCCUGCCACCCCUCGGCCAUCCACCCCUCGUCCUGCCACCCCUCGUUCGCACGGCUCCAGCACACCACUUUCAUCCCUACUUGCCCCAUGCUGCCCUCCAUUCCCUGCGCUCCCUUCUAGCCAAUCGCACCCCCCCAUUGUCUCCAGCCCCUGCUGCUGCCCUGCACACCCCCACAGCCUGGCAGCAGCUGGCAGCGUGUGUGCGGCGCUUUCCCCCUGACACCCGCCUGAUGUGCACCCCUCCGCACCUCACAGCACCCCUGGGGAGUUGCUCCGCGAAAGCGGAGAGACAGGGUGGGAUGCUGCUGGGAGGGCUGGCAGGGCUGGGAGGGGUGGGAGGGUGGGGGGGGCUGGGCCUGCUGGGUGGGUGGGGAUGGGGAAGAGGUGCAGGGGCAAAAUGCGUGGAGGAGCGGCAAAAGGCAGAUGUGGAGAGUGGUGGAAAUGGGCGGGUGGAUAUUGAUAAGGAAAGGCAGCUAGAGAGGGAGGUGGCGGCGUGGGUGGAGGGGGCGUGCAGGGCGAGAGGGGAGGGCGAGUGGAUGGUGGUGAUGGCCUGUGAGGAUACGGGCGGUGGUAUACCACCCGAGGAGAUGCGGUGGGUGCUGGAUCCGUAUGGCGGCGACCCUCACCACUCCACAACCUCCUUUGCUGCUGCUGAUGAUGAUGGUGCUGAUGACGGCGUCAAUGGUGGUAGUACUGGUGGUGAUGGUGGGCGUGGGCGUGGGGACAGCAAGAGGCAACGAAGAGUCGCGGAGCCAAGGAGGGGCAGCAGAGCCACCCCUCUCACGCACGACGAGAGGGCUGCUGCUCGCCCCGCCUGGACGCCCUACCCCGUCCGCUUCCUCCUCUCCACCUCCCUCGUGGCGGAGAUGCGGGGAAGCAUGGCAGUGCUGUCAGACAGUGUCAUCGGCACCACCAUCCUUCUGGCCCUACCCCUCUCUGCACCGCCCCCCCCAACCGAACCUGGGGGCAGCAGCAGCAAGCGUUGGGGGGGGCGUGAGGGGCAAUCCAGAGGGGUGCAGCAGCACUGGAUGCAGGGUCCCAGAGGCCAUUCUUGGAGCUCCUCUUUGCACUCUGUCCUCUUAAGCCCAGUGGCACCUUUGAGCCCAAUCGCCCCGUUGAGUCCACUCAACCCUUUAAGCCCAGCGGCCCCUCUAAGCCCCGUAAGCCUGCGGCUACAAGCCAUGCCAGAGCUCUCUCCCCACUUAGGAGCAGGCGGCUUCGGGAGCAGCUUGGGGGGGAGCAGCAUGGGGGUUGUGGGGGGGGUUGUUGGGGGAGGUUUGGGCGGCGGAGCGGGCGGCGCGGAGGCGGCGGUGCGGGCGGCGGUGGCGGGGCGGCGGGUGGCAGUGGUGGAUGACAACGCGGUGAACCGCAUGGUGGCGCGGCGAACGCUGCAGGGCUACGGGGCAGACGUGCUGCUGCUGGCUUCAGGAGAGGACACCCUGCAAGCUGUCUCCUCCCACAUGGACCCCUCUCCCCACCCCCCCUCCUCGUGCCUCCAGCUGCUGCUGCUGGACCUCCACAUGCCCCCCGGCAUUGAUGGGGGUGAGUGUUUCACUGCCUCACCCUCAGGGGUGCCCUCUUUCACGCCCCAAAAUGCUCUCUCUGUCUCACCCCACACAUGCCCUCCCUGCCUCAUCUCAACCCCACUUGCCCUCCCUGACCCAUCUCCACCCCACAUGCCCUCCCUGUCUCUUCUCACCACCGCCAUUGCGGCCAGCCACCAUUGCUUUGGUCCAAUGGUACUAGUACCAAUGCUCCCACAUGCCUUCUACUUGUACCACCAAUCAAUUGACUUUUGA